UGGGAGCGAAGUGAGAGCGAGGACAACGGAGGGUGGGGUUUGUUGCGUCGCUCAAUAGAUUAAUCAUGCAUGCCUAGUUUUUCCCUGGCCACCAGCUCGUACACAGGGGAGAGAGAGAGAAAGAGAGAGAGCUGUUUCCUCUCAGCUAUGGGCUCCGCUGGAAGAUGGAUGCUCUGGACCCUGUGCGCGUGUUUCACCGCUCUGCAGAAUGUUGCACUCAGGGUGACCAUGAGGGAGUCCAGCCUGAAGGUGGUUCAGGGGGAUUUCGUGGUGCUGCCCUGCUCCUUCUUCACCUCCAGCCCUCUGUCCAGACUCAACGUCAUCUGGACUCUGGCUCCCCUCUCCAGCCCGGAAACCCCCACACAGGUGAUUGUGUACGACCAUGGGCAGGUGAUUGAGGAUCCAGCCCUUGUCGGCAGGGUGGGUUUUACAGGUAUCCCCUGGAGUGCAGACAUUGUCCUGAACGACACGCGUGUAUCAGAUGCUGGUAUUUACCGCUGCAUGGUCAACAACCCACCAGAGACGGCAGACCCUGGCAUCGGAGAGCUGGAGCUCGAUGUUCUGGCGCCGCCCUCGCUGCCUGCGUGUCAGUGGGACGGAGACAUAGAUAUGGGAGGAAGCGUCACUCUGUCCUGCUCGGUGGCGGAGGGCGUCCCCACGCCAGAGAUCCACUGGGAUAAACUGAAUCCAGAGGAAAUUGCACUUCCCAUCAACAUGGAGGGGGAAAUGUCAGGCUCCGUCCAGAUUGUCAACGUGUCCUCUCAGACGUCCGGCCUGUAUCGCUGCUCCGCCACCAACGUGCUGGGAACGGAGAACUGCUACGUCAACCUGUCCAUCUACAGCGCCCCUGAAAGUUCCUCGGGCAUGCUGCAGGGCGUGCUGCUCACCUUGUCCAUGUGCCUGGUGCUGCUGGCGCUGCUGGCGCUCGUGCUGUGGCUCCAUCGCACGGGCCAGGACGGGAGGUGGAGGCAAGGGAAGGAGGAGGAGUGUUACAACGAGAUACACUACACUCCGUCUCUGAUGAAGCGCUCGUUUGUAUGAUUUCGCAAAAAAAAAAAAAAAGAGAGAUUCUCCAAACCCCCCGGUGACGAACUAAAGACUCCUGAGACUCUGUUGCUGUCAUGUAGUUUAUGGAUCUUUACAGUCCACCCUGUGCUCCCUGCAUGCCACUGCAUCACCGCACAGCAUCACAAAUAUUGAAAUAAAUGCAACGUUUCCGGCAGGUGUGGAAUUUUAUUUCCAUGAUGUAUCUACAGUUGUACCGCGUGACAUACUUACGAUCUUUUCCUGCAGUCCCAUGAUUUAUAAGGUCUCUUUUAAAAGAGACCUACUUUGUUUUUUGUUUUUUUUUUGUCUUUUUCCUUUUCUUCAGUGUUUUAUGGGUCCUUGUGCAGGUGAAAGUCUUCAAAGUUAAGAAGCUCCAAGUUACUGAAAAGUGUCAGUAAUCCCACGACUUUGUGACAUCACCUUCCGUUACCUUGUUGUACAUUUGCAUAAUUUAUGUUUAGAAGCUAGUUUUGCACGUGAGAACUGGGUGGCUGUGGCUCAGGGGUAGAGCCAAUUGUCUUGUUAUUGGAAGGUUGCUGGUCCGAUUCCCCUGGUCCGCAUGUCGAACCCCAAGCUGCGCCACGCAUGGCAGUCACCACCAUCAGAG